AUGGAGAUGGGAAACCAACACCCUUCUAUUAGUAGGCUUCAGGAAAUUCAAAAGGAGGUAAAAAGCAUAGAACAGCAAGUACUUGGUUUCAGUGGUCUGUCAGAUGACAAGAAUUACAAGAAACUGGAGAGGAUUCUCACAAAACAGCUUUUUGAAAUAGACUCUGUAGAUACUGAAGGGAAAGGAGAUAUUCAGCAAGCCAGGAAGAGGGCGGCACAAGAGACAGAGCGUCUUCUCAAAGAGUUGGAGCAGAAUGCGAACCACCCACACCGGCUCGAAAUACAGAACAUUUUUCAAGAAGCGCAGGCCCUGGUGAAAGAGAAGGUUGUGCCGUUUUAUAGUGGAGGCAACUGUGUAACUGAUGAGUUUGAAGAAGGCAUCCAGGAUGUCAUUUUGAGGCUGACACACGUCAAGACCGGAGGCAAGGUCUCCCUGCGGAAAGCACGGUAUCACACCUUAACCAAAAUCUGUGCUGUGCAGGAGAUUAUCGAGAACUGCAUGAAGAAGCAGCCUUCCCUGCCGCUCUCUGAAGACGCACACCCCUCUGUUGCCAAGAUCAACUCUGUGAUGUGUGAAGUGAACAAGACCAGAGGCACACUGAUUGCCCUUCUGAUGGGCGUGAACAACAAGGAGACGUGCAGGCACUUGUCCUGUGUGCUCUCGGGGCUGAUGGCAGACCUGGAUGCUCUCGAUGUGUGCGGCCGCACGGAAAUCAGAAACUAUCGGAAGGAGGUCGUGGAAGACAUCAACCAGUUACUGAGAUACUUGGACUUAGAAGAGGAAGCAGACACCACGUAUGCAUUUGACCUAGGACAGAACCAUUCCAUUCUGAAAAUAGAAAAGGUCCUCAAGAGAAUGAGAGAAAUCAAAACUGAACUUCUCCAAGCACAGAAUCCUCCUGAAUUGUACCUGAGCGCCAAAACAGAACUACAGGGUCUGAUCGGACAGUUGGACGAGGUGAGUCUUGAAAAAAACCCCUGCAUCCGGGAAGCCCGGAGAAGAGCAGUGAUUGAAGUGCAGACCCUUAUCACCUACAUUGAUUUGAAGGAAGCCCUGGAGAAAAGAAAGCUGUUGGCUUGUGAGGAGCACCCGUCACACAAGGCGGUCUGGGACGUGCUGGGGAACCUAUCGGAGAUCCAGGGCGAAGUGCUCUCCUUCGACGGCAAUCGAACCGACAAGAACUACAUCCGCCUGGAAGAGCUGCUCACCAAGCAGCUGCUCGCCCUGGACGCGGUAGACCCACAGGGCGAGGAGAAAUGUAAGGCCGCCCGGAAACAGGCCGUGAAGCUGGCGCAGAACAUUCUCAGCUAUCUGGACCUGAAGUCCGACGAGUGGGAGUACUGA